UCCUUCCCUCUCUCGCUCUCUCUCCUUCUCCCUCCCUCUUCUUCCCCUUUCCGUGGCGCCGUCGUCACCGCCGGUUUUGGUGGCUCACCGGAACCCUAAUCCAAAUGCAUCCUCUAUAAACAUCUCUGAGCCCGUACGAUGCUCAAACUAACUGCUCGGAUCAAGCAACGCCACCAACCACCUUUCCCUCUCCUUCUUCCUCUUGCCCUCUCCACCGCCCCUCUCGCCGAAACCAUAACCCUAAAUCCCCAAAUCCUCGAUUCUAACAUCACUUCCGACCUUGUUUCCAUCCUCUCUCUGCCCAACUGGCAUCGAAAUCCUUCUCUCCGCCGCCUUUCCCCCUCCUUCACUCCCAGCCUCUUUUCCGAUCUCCUCCAGUCCUCCAAUCUCCACCCCUUCACUGCCCUUGACUUCUUCGAUUGGCUCGCCCGUCGCCCUGGAUUCCGCCACUCCGUCCAGUCCCACUCCGCACUCCUCUCCCUCCUCCUCCGGUCCAAGUAUCAAGCUCCGCUUGAAAGGAUCACCACAUCCAUGAUCAAAUCAUGCACCUCCGUACGUGACCUCACCUCCAUUCUGGAUUUCUUCAAGGCACGACCUGAGUUCUCGAUCCGUUGCUUCAAUUUGAUGCUCAUGGCGCUCGCCAGGUUCUCGAUGAUGAAAGAGAUGAGGUCUUUAUACUAUGAGAUGCGUAAAGGUGAGAUCUUAAUGAAUGACCAUACGUAUAACACAAUGAUCAACGCUUGCUGCAAAGUGGGGGAUUUGGAUGGCGCGAAGGCUUAUUUGUGUGAUUUGUUGGAUGGUGAAUGGAGUCCGGAUACGUUUACUUAUACUUCGUUUGUGAUGGGUUAUUGUAGGGUCGGAGAUUUGGAUGGGGCUUGCCGUGUCUUCCUGUUGAUGCCUUUCAGAGGUUGCACAAGGAAUGAGGUUACCUACACUGUCUUGAUUCAUGGGCUCUGCGAGAAUGGCCGAGUGAGGGAGGCUUCUUACUUGUUUUCUAGGAUGGAGGAUGAUGGGUGUUUCCGAGAUGUGCAUACUUACACUGUGAUGAUUGGUAGUUUAUGUAAGGAAAGUAGAAUGCAACAUGCCGAACAGAUGGUGAAUGAUAUGUCUGAGAAGGGAUUGGUCCCCAAUGUAGCUACCUACAAUGCUUUGAUUGAUGGCUACUGCAAGGCAGGGAAGACUGAUGUUGCUUUGGGUGUCAUGGAGUUGAUGGAGAAGAAUGAGUGUAAGCCGAAUGUGAGGACUUACACUGAGCUGAUAUCCGGGUAUUGUAAGGAGAGGAAAGUGCACAAAGGGAUGUCCUUGUUGAGCAAGAUGGUUGAAGCUGGGCUGGCUCCAAACCUUGUUACUUACACAACAUUGAUUCAGGGGCAAUGUGAUGAAGGGCAUGUUGAUGAUGCAUCUCAAUUGCUUGACUUGAUGUAUGGAGAGGGGAUGGUUCCCAACCAAUGGACUUGUUCAAUUUUGAUUGAGGCACUUUGUAAAGUUGGCAGGAUUGAAGAAGCUUGUUUAUUCUUUGACUCUCUUGUACAGAAAGGCAUUGGUGUAAAUCAGGUGGUUUAUACAGCAUUAAUAGAUGGAUUGUGCAAGGCUGGAAAGAUUGAUAUUGCCCAUUCAUUGCUAGAUAAGAUGAUUUCUCAAGUUUGCCUUCCAGACUCUCACACCUAUAGUGCUUUAAUUGAUGGACUGUGUAAAGAUAAGAAAUUGCAGGAAGCCACAUUGUUAUUGAAUGAUAUGUUGGAGAAGGGAAUUAUAUGUACUGUAGCCACUUAUACAAUUCUUAUUGAUGCCAUGUUGAAGGAAGGAGACUCUCACAGUGCAAAGCGGAUAUUGGCCUCUAUGAUUUCUUCCGGGUGCAAACCUGAUGUUUAUGUCUAUACUGUUUUCAUUCGUGCUUACUGUAGUGAAGGAAGGAUGGAAGAGGCUGAACAGAUGAUGGCAAAGAUGAGAGAAGAUGGAGUUCCUGGUAAUUCAUUUAUUUAUAACACAUUACUAGAUGGGUAUCUUAGGAUGGGAUUGAAAGACCAUGCUUUUCUCACUCUCAAAAACAUGAUUGAUUUUGCGUGUGAACCUGAUUAUGUAACAUUUAUCCAUAUUGCUCAAACUUCUUCUAGAGAAGAAGCAAGUAGGCCAUGCCCUUAAAACCACAGAUAUGUGGAAUAUAUUGGAGAUGGACUCUGUAUUGGAGCUUAUCGAAGAGAUGAUUAGGAAUAAAUGCAACCCUUCCAUCAACACUUACAAUAUCCUCAUGGCAGGAUUUCUGUAGAGUGGGUCAGUUAAAAGAAGCUAAAUUAUUGCUUUCACAUAUGCAAGAAAGUGGCAAAUACUCCUAAUGAAGUUACAUACACAUCUCUUAUUGAUUGUUGCUGUAAAUUAAAACAGUAUGAAGUUGGAUUUGCCUUUUUAAACUCCAUGUCUGAAGGUGGUUAUCCACCCCGUUUAGAAUCAUAUCAA